AUGCAGGUCGGGCUGCUGCUGGGCCUGCGGCAGAACCGCUGGGACAACUCGCUGCUCCGCUGGGUGGUUUCCUCUGGGUGCCUCCUGUGGCCCGGCGUGGUGAUGUGCACCCUGGCGCUGAGAAGGCUGGAGCCCCUGGAGAAGACAGCCCGGCGUGGCGCGGGGAGCGGCUCCAGCUUCUCCGACGAGGAGCUGGAUCGCCGGGUGUGUCGGGUGAAGGUCCGGUGGUGGCUCGCCGGGACGUUGGAGGUGCAGGCGGUGGUGACUGCGAUAGGUGCUGGGAUGACUGUGAAGUACUUUCCUUUGUUUUUCAAGUCUGACUACCACUUCAGCCCCAUUGCAAUAUGCAUACUGAACGUGGUGCUGCCUCUGUGCAUGUCCGCGACGGUGCAAGUGGGCAUCGUGAUCUCGCGGCGCAUCGGCAGACUGCAGGCUUCGUUGCUGGUUCAUUUUCUUGGGACCGCCUGCCUCUGGUCCAUGAGCUACUGUCGCAGCCUGCCACUUGUGCUUCCAAUAUUUGUUCUUCGAGGCGCUCUCAUGAAUUCCAAGGUUCGCGGGCGGUGGGCCUCCAUGCGGUGGGCUUGCUUCUCUGCCGCCACCGCAGACAAGGGCGGCGGACCGAAGGGUGGCGCCCUCUUCGACGUGGCGCCGUCCGCGCCCCGCAGCGGCUACAUCGCGGACGCAUCUGGCGACUACAGGGUCACGUUUGCCGUGACGGCCAGCAUCUACACUUUCUCCUUCCUGAUUAUGGUGCCGUUGCUGCUGAUAUGCCCCGCGGACCGCCCCGCCCGCGCGGCGGCCGACGGGCCCGCGGCCGCCCAGCCGACGGCCGCGGCGCCCGCCGGCGCCGGCGGCGCCGUGGCUCGCGCGGACGCCGGCGUGGCCGCGGCCGCGGCCGCAGCGCCGCUGCUGGACGGGCGCGGGCCGCCGGCAGGCCCGCGGGGGCCGCCGUAG